AUGAAGAUUCCAAUUAAUUCCUAUCAAUCCUUACCCAAACCUCUUUAUAGAGAGAGUAUAACUUUUGCAACCAUUCCAACCUACACGCCUACUUUGGGUACCCUUCUUCAAGAGGAGCUUCACAGUGCCAUUGACCUCUUGAAAAGCAUUGUUUCGUUGCCUCAACGUUGUGUUUCGGCUUCACAGGAUACUUUGGAGUAUCAUAACCCAUCGUCAGUGUCCAGCGAGAGAUUGGAGUAUUGGGAUUAUGACGGAUCCAAAGGUUCAGCGGUCAGCAAGAAUAAAAGUUCUAAAGAGAGAAGCUCAUCUAGGGUAUUGAAUGUUCGCCUGAAUUCCACAAAAAGCUUUCUCUUUGCAUCAACUGGCAGCAAAAGUGGCACACUGAAGUCCCCUAUACCAGCAGCAGAGGGUUCUGAAACCAAAAGCCACUUUCCAAGUCAAAAUGAUAGCAAUCAGCUAGUGGGUAAUAAUCUUAUUGAACUACCCAACGCAAGGUCUUCACCGGAUGAGCUGAACAUGAAAGAACCCACUCCUCCAGACCUUGUGAGAAACUUUGAGUGUCGUCGGUUCAAUUGCAAAUCAAGAAGACGGUUUCAAAUGAUAAUGGAGGCAUUAGAACGCCAUGCCCAUGAUAUCGACGAAUAG